CGGCCUCAUCAUCUCUCCGCAGCGCCAACCCAAGAAGCCAUCGAGCUCGCCGCAACUCCAGCCUCCAGGCCUCCAACGUCGAGGCGAUCGACCGGUCUGACCCAUUCUUAUUCAUCUCCAUGGCAUGGAGGAAGAAGAACGGCGGCGAGUCGUCGUUGUCGCCCGGCGCCUCGCCGUGCCGCGACGACGAGCGGGAGAAGGUCCCUAGAGGGCACGUCCCGAUGGUCACCGGCUGCGGCGAGCGGGUGGUGGUGCCGGUGAGGCUGCUCCGGGACCCUCGCAUCGCGGAGCUCCUCGACAUGGCGGCGCAGCAGUACGGCUACGGCCAGCCGGGCGUACUGCGGAUCCCGUGCGACGUCGGACAUUUCCACCGGGUCGUCGACGGCGCCCUGCACAGGGCUGACUAGCCGCCCGGCGUACGUCAGUAGAGCAUGUGUGAAACUGUGAAUACAUAUGCAGCAGUGCCAGUGUAGAAGAGUAUAGAUGGAUAUACGAACUCUGUUCUUUGAUUGAUCAUCAGUUCUUUUGUACAUGAAUAUACAAGGAACGUGAAAGACAAAUUUGU